AUGUGGAAUCGAGACACGGGCGAACGUGGGGACGGCGAUGCGGGGCAGCCCAUCCAAACCGAAAAUAUCGACGCACUCAUUCUCGUCGCUUCCGACGUCCAUCCCGGCCUCCCAGAGCGUGAUGAAGUCUUCGCUGAACGCGUGCGACUCUUCCCCGAAGGUUGUCUGGCCCUUACGGACCACAACAGCAAAGAAUUAGUCGGAUAUGCUAUAUCACAUCCAAUUCGACAUCGCCAGCCACCAGACCUGGACAGCCUACUUGGAGAAAUUGACCGAGAUGCGGAGCAGUAUUACAUCCACGACCUUGCGAUAUUACCUGUCUAUCAUGGAAGUGGAAAUGCGAAGGAAGCGAUGAAGAUUUUGAUGAAUGUUGCGGAGAGAUACGAGAGCACUUGCCUUGUGAGUGUUUACGGUACUGCAAUGUUUUGGAGAAGAUUUGGGUUCGUGGAUGUCGAUGUAGAUGAGACUCUCAAAACGAAGCUGCUGGGUUAUGGAGGGGAUGCUAUAAUGCUUGAGCGGAAGAGUCGUACUCAUGAUGGUGUUGAAAAGGGUUAG